UACUUUUAAGCUACACUUUGGUCCUCCGCUCAAAUGUGUCCCCCGUGAUAACGCCUGUUCGUGUAUCUAGUCCUGACAUGUUCAGGGUUAUGCAGGUUAUGUACACUUAAUUACAGUUUCGACUAGCAGUUUGAGCCAGAGGGAAUAAGCAGCAGACCCACGGAGUCGGCGCUGUGCAUUGACACAGGAUGGCGUCCCCUUCACCCCAUGACCGCAGCCGUAAAGACGAUGACGAGGAUGACCCUGUUGAACGGAUGAUAUCCCGCACUGGCUGUGCCGAGCUGCAUUAUGCUGUGCAGGAGUGCAUGGCUGAACACCAGGACUGGCGAGUGUGCCAGAGCCAGGUCCAGAUGUUCAAAGACUGCAUGAUGAAUUUCCAAAAUGCUCAUAAAGAACAGCUGAGGAGGCAGCAGUCAGCCUCCGCUCAGUCUGCAGCCAGCUGAACUUGGGAUGUGUUUAGAAUCUGCUUCGCAUUCGUAAAAACUAUACGUAAUUUAUAAAAUAUUUGUAAGAAAAAUAAACAAAUAAGAAGGUACAAAAAAA